AUGGCGCUGUUGAUAAUAUCCGCGGCAGUAACAAUAACAAUUGCGACUACGAUUUACUGGUACAUCAACAGACAUAAGCCGAUCAGACACAUAUUAAGUGAAUUGAGAUAUGCGAUCGACAUGCAGGGAGCCGGCGCUGGAGGACUCAUUGACGAUUGGGUGAGUGUUUGGACGAAUAGAACGGAGUUGCCGGACGCGUCGAAUAAAAUAGCCGUGAUAACGGGAGGCGCUCGAGGUAUAGGCAAGGAAGUUGUGCGUGGACUCUUAAAGGCAAACAUGACUGUUGUUAUGGGUGUACGGAACCCAAAUUCAGUGGAAAAACUCGUUCAAUCUAUGGAAAAUGGAAACAAUAUUCGAGCAUUUCCAUUAGACCUAAUGUCUCUGAUAUCGGUAAAGAAGUUUGCUGAAAAUGUAUUGAAGGAAUUUCCAGAAAUUAAUAUUUUAGUCAAUAAUGCUGGGAUUAUGUUUGGUGAUUAUAAAUUGACCGAAGAUGGAUUUGAAACACAACUAGCUGUGAACCAUUUGAGUCACUUUUAUCUGACACAUUUACUGUUGCCAGCUCUGAAAAAAGGAGGGAGAAUAGACGAACCGGCUAGAGUAGUCAAUGUAUCGUCCUGCGCACAUUUUCCAGGGAAGAUAUAUUUUGAUGAUAUUAAUAUGAAAGAACAUUACGAUACAACAGCGGCUUAUGCUCAGUCUAAAAUAGCACAGAUAAUGACAGCAAGAUACGUAAAUAGGAUAUUAGAAGAUAAAGACGUGCCUGUAAAAUGUUAUUCGGUACAUCCAGGAAUUGUUGACACAGAUUUAUUUCAACAUAGCAACUUCUCUAAAUUUCCAUGGAUACGAAGAGCUUUUUUCAAAACACCAGAAAAAGGAGCAGUUUCUGUACUUUAUGCUUGCUUUGACAAAGAUAUUUUAGCAAAAGGUGGUUUAUACAUAAGUAACUGUAAAGAAGGUUUCAGUAACAGAUUUUCGAAGAAUGAAAAAUAUCAAGAGAAACUAUUUAAACUAAGUUGUGACUUAGUCGGAAUACAAGCUGAGAAUUUUGGUAAAAAUUGAUAUAACUUAAUAUUUUACUAUAUAUAGUUGUAUCUAUAAUGUCCAUAUACUUUUACACCAAUUUACUUACUAUUUAUAAAAAAUAUAUUUUAUAAUAAAAAGUAUUAUUUGUUA